AAAUCCCAAUUGAGAGAACAAUUUCAUACUUUAUCAUUUACACGUUAUAGUAGUUUACUUCGUACAUUCUCGUAUCUUUCGAACCACACAAAACUCAUCCAAAAUGGGUCUUCAAUUGGCAUGGAUCGGUCUUGGAAACAUGGGUAGAGGCAUGUGCAAGAACCUCGUCGAGAAAGGAAACCUCGAUAAUCCCCUCAUAAUCUUCAACCGCACAACCAAACGUGCAGAAGAUCUUAGCUCUUCCCUCCCAUCCGGCAAAUCCACCGUCUCUUCUUCCAUUACCGACCUCGUCUCAAAAUCCGAUAUCAUUUUCACAUGUGUAGGAGACGAUGCUGCUAUCAACGAGACAAUCGAUGCCGGAAUCAAGAAUGGCGCUGCUGGAAAACUUUUCGUAGAUUGUUCGACUGUUCAUCCAGAUACCACUGAAGAUUUGGCCAAGAGGAUUGGUGCUGCUGGAGGUGAUUUUGUUGCAUGCCCUGUUUUCGGUGCUCCUGCUAUGGCGGAAAGUGGCCAACUUAUCUGCGUGCUUGCUGGUUCAAAGGAGUCGGUAGAGAAGAUUAAGCCAUAUACUAAGGGAGUUAUUGGUAAAGCCGCUAUUGAUUUUGGUGGACAACCAGUUGGAAAAGCUUCGCUUUUGAAGGUUAUUGGAAAUACCUUUGUUUUCAAUAUGGUUGAGACUCUUUCCGAAGGACAUGUUCUUGCAGAGAAAUCUGGAUUGGGUGUCGAGAAUCUUCAUCAAUUCAUCGAGGCUUUAUUCCCAGGUCCAUAUGCCGCAUACUCUGGUAGAAUGUUGUCGGGCGAUUAUCACAGGAGGGAGGAACCGUUAUUUGCUGUCGAUUUGGCUAGAAAAGAUGCAAGGCAUGCUAUGGCAUUGGCUAAGAGCGCCGGUACUCAGAUGAAGGCUCUCGAGGUCGCAGAUGCUCAUUUGGAGGGAGUCAAGAACCACAAGGGAGAAGCUGGUGACAUUGCUGCUAUUUAUGGAGCUGUUAGACAAGAGGCUGGCUUGAAAUUUGAGAAUUAG